GUGAACACAAAUGAAGAAAGAAUUUAUUUUACAUGUCUAUGUGUUUGUUUCUCUUACAACAUAACUCUUGCUUUAAGACUUUAUUAACUUUAGUUCUCGCAAAAUGCUUAAAACUACCACAACGUCCUUGUAAGAGAAACAAGUGUAAAAUGUAAAGUGUUAAAAACAACAACAGCAACAAAAAAUAAUUUUUUUUUAAAUUUUAUUAAUAAAUGAAGUACAUUUAUUAAUAUGAUUGUUUAUUUACCGAUACAAAGUUAACACCUGCGUUGCUAUAGCACCGCGUUAUGAAUUUAUUAUUGAACGACAUCUGUGAUAGAAGCAUAGGAGUUUUUAAUGGAACCCCUGUUCUAAUCAAUAAAUUUAUUAAAAUUUACAAGUUCUGGAGAAGUUUGUCAAAUUUUGUUCUGUGCAUUUAACAAAAAACAAACGACAAAUUUAGAAGAAAAAAUAUUAAAAAAAAAAAAAACGUAACAAACUUACUGAUUGACUGGUGGGUUUUGUGCUGUGUCUUCGAAAUAAAAUUGUAAAAAAACUUACCUUAAAUAUGACCGACUUUGAGAAUUCGGAUGAUGAACGUUAUGCCAAUGAAUCUUUUGAGAAUGAAUCGGAUACUGAAGUUCCAGAAUGUCGGAAUUUGAAAGUGAGGCAAGUGAAAAUAGUGAUGAAAUGAUGAGGAGAUAGGAUGAAGAUGAUUUGCCUUCCGUAAAGUUGAAUACGGGUCCCAUUAAAAGAAAUAGUUUUUCCAAUAACCAUUUAACUAACCUGCACAAAACCGAUGCCAUACCAUUUGCUUCCUCAUCCGAUGAAGAAGACGAUGUAAUAGUGGGACAAACCUUAGUAGAAAUAAAUACACCUUCAAUGCAUUUCGAAGAGGAGCCACCAACACCUGCUCCAAGGAAAUUAAUGUCAAUAUAUAAUGAAAGUAAUUACCAACUAAAAAGGGUGGAGGAAGAAGAAACCAAUGUUAGUUCAGAAGAAAUAAGUGAAGAGGAGGAAGAGGACGAAGAAGAAAAGGAAUUCAAAAGAAUACAAGAUAUGGAAGAGAAAUAUUUACAGCAGAAUUCGGCAAAAACUUUAAGGGAAAUAAAUAGUGUGAGCAGUAUUAGAAGUUCUGCGACAGAGAAUGAAAUAGAUGAUACAGAAAAAGAAACUGAAAAUGAUGAGUUCCAAACGGAAAGCGAAAAUGAAAGAGAAGAGAAACAAAAAUCUGCUUAUGUACAAGAAACAGACGUAAGAGAAGAAUACCUUGAAAGGGAUCAAACUAAUAAAGAAGUUCCCUAUUCCGAAAGCACAUCUGAACUUUUCGAAAGUUCGAAAACACAAGUCACACUUAAAGAGAAUAGCUUAGAGUCCCAGGCACAAAAUAACUUAAUGCAACUAAUACAAAGUUCUUUAACAAAUUUACAAAUUUUAUCAUCAAAUGAUAAGGAAGAACAAUUCCUAAAGGAAACACGAACUUUAUUAUUAAACGAAGAUGUUAAUGAAACUAUUGAGGCGACCAAUAUAAUAAAUCCCGAAAAAAUUGCCCUGGCUGUUGUAAAUGCUCUCAAAAGUACGGGUAUAACAAAUUUGAAAUCUCUAAGUAAACAGGAAACUAAAAAUGAAGAACUAAUAAAGAAAACACAAGAAAAUAAUUAUAAAAAAGAUCAAGAAAAGACUGAAAGUAAUGAUACAAAUAAAAAUAAAGAAAGUGAAAUUGAAAUAGUUGAGUACAAAGAUGACUAUGAAGGAGAAGAAGAGUUUGAAGUAGAAGAAAUUCAAAAUAAUGAACAUGUUCCUAAUGCUGACAAUGAUAAUUACGAUGACGAUCAGGAUGUUUAUUAUGAUGCUCAUUUCGAUUAUCGUAUAACUAGUAAAACUCCAACUAGUUUUAAUUCUGAUGACUAUAUAUUUCAUGCUAAUUUUAUAAAACAAUUUCAUCGAACGAAUUCUACUGAUAAAUUAAGAGUUAAACCACAUCCCCGUAAGAGCAUGAGCUUCUCCAAUGAGCGCAUGCGUGAAAUCGAAAGACACAAUCAAAUACUUUUGCGUAAAAUUCUAACACAAAAGCCCUCCUACACACUCAAAAGCAAAACAUCACAAUCUUCCGUACAAAAGAUACCUUCUCAAACCAACACACGUCUUACCACCUCAGCCGUAAAUCGCAAAAAGCAACAGAGACAAAUUGAUUUAGAUAAUCAAGUAUUGAAACGAAAAAUUGAGGCCAUAGCAGGACGCAGACGUCCAUUGAUUUCUUAAGGUGAUGAAAAACAUAAAUCAAUGAAUUAAAAUUGCAAUUGUUAAAAAGAGUCAGUGGGAGUUGUUUAAUAAAAAUAUAUAUUUUAUUUUUUUUUGAAAACUUUAUA